UCCCCGGGGCUGGAGCUGGCUCCGCGUCCCGCCCGAGUGGGACGGAUCCUUAGGUUGGCGUCCUCUACCUGGGCCGCCUCCGACCCAUUGGGGGCGCGGAGGGAGGGGCUGUGAGCCUCUAGGCUAGCAAGCUUCGGGGGUUGCGGCGGCUCAGCGACAGGCGCACGUUCGGCCCGCGCUUCUGCCGCUUUGCUUGGGAGGGCUCGAACUGACGCCCCGGAAAUUUUAGGAAGACGUGAUUUUCAAAGCUAAUUAUGAAAACAUUUGUCAUUGGAAUCAGUGGUGUGACAAAUGGCGGGAAGACAACACUGGCUAAGAAUUUGCAGAAACACCUCCCAAACUGCAGUGUCAUAUCUCAGGAUGAUUUCUUUAAGCCAGAGUCUGAGAUAGAGACAGAUACAAAUGGAUUUCUGCAGUAUGACGUGCUUGAAGCACUUAACAUGGAAAAAAUGAUGUCCACCAUUUCCUGCUGGAUGGAAAGCUCAAGACACUCACUGGUAUCAACAGACUCUGGAAGCACCGAGGAAAUUCCCAUAUUAAUCAUCGAAGGCUUCCUUCUCUUUAAUUAUAAGCCCCUCGACACUCUGUGGAACCGAAGCUACUUUCUGACGAUUCCUUAUGAAGAAUGUAAGAGAAGGAGGAGUACAAGGGUCUACAAGCCUCCAGACGUCCCAGGGUACUUUGAUGGCCACGUGUGGCCCAUGUAUCUAAAGCACAAACAAGAAAUGGAGAACAUCACGUGGGAAAUUGUUUACCUAGAUGGAACAAAAUCAGAAGAGGAUCUCUUUUCACAAGUGUAUGAAGAUCUAAUACAAGAACUAGCAAAGCAAAAGUGUUUGCAAGUAACAACAUAAAGAUGGAGUGCACUGAAUCCUUCCUGGGAUGAAUUAGGAAACUCAAAGGAGGAUAUUUAAGAACCUUAGCCAAGAUACAAUAAGUACUUUGGUAUGAUAACAGCUGUUGGUUCGUUUGUUUGUGUUAUCACACAUGGUUUCCCCGACAUGUGAACAGUAAAUCGUUAUCCACACCACCGGACAGGAAUUUACCUUAAUGAGUUGUUCCUGCUCCAAGGAGUACAGAGAGCUAGCAUAGCUCACAAUGAGUCAGUUCCUCUGGACCAGUGAUUGUCAAACUUCUCUGAGUGGGACCCAGAGUACGAAAUAAGAUUUACACCACAAUCCAGUAUAUACGUAAC